UCGAUCACACAAUACAAACGGCCGUAGUGAACAUUGAAAUAAUUUAAUUGUGACGGCACGUUCGAUUAAUAACGGCGAAAUUGAUACUAAUGGGGACAUUAAUGGGAUAAACGUCACCGCGUUCAAAAUGAUGGAAUUGGGGAAAUUUUCACGGUUAAUUCCAUUGAGUAAUGUGACGCAGAUGCAAAAUUUCUCCCCGAUAAACAGAUUUAGUGUGCAGCAAAGUUUACUGUGUAAAUAUUUGGUGUUCUCAAGGGCGUCGGACGUUUGUGAUGCCAGUGGCUUUCUUAGAUUGUUUUUUUGCCGAGCAGCGAGCGACUGUUCGAUGUGGAUUCUUAGCGCACUCGAGCCCGAACAGGUUUCAACAUGGGGACCAAAACCGGUAAAAAAUCAUCACAGAAUCUCUACAACCGUGUCCUACCCGACCCGAUUCUUUGAAGAAUGACCACUCGGGA